AGCCAUUACACCGCGAUGGUGACUGCGGGAGGCUUCACGUUAGAUUUCAUAGGCGACGAAACCUGGAUUUACGGAGCUCACCUUUGCGCUCAGGUGUCAAAGUAAAGGUGUUUAUACCUUUCGGCCCCCGCGUGCGUCCUCUCCGGCUCUCUUCAGUUACUGUCCUUUACUUUUGUGUAGUAUUAGAUUAGUUUUUUUUGUGGUUUUUUUUUUGGACUGUGUUUGUGUUCAGAUGACGGCGCAGGUAGACUACCUGGUGGUGGCUUUCACCGCCACAUCUGGCGCGAGCGGAGAGCUGCUGGGAUCGGACGAGAAGGAGCUCGUGCAGUUGGUUUGGCAGCUGGUGGAUGUAAAGAAUAAAAAGUUGGGCAAGGUGAAUGAGCUCGUCAUUAAGCCUGACCUCCCAGACUUGACAGACGAAAAAGAGGAGAAGGAUGUGGUGGAGGAGAGCGUGGAAGAGGAGAAUGGAUCUGAAGCAGAUUGUGUCUCCACAGCCACAAGUCUUGAGUCAGCAUUAAACCUGUUUCAUCUACAACUGACAAACGAGGUUAACAGCGCGGGCGCAGGCACGUCGGUGUGUUUGUGUACAGACGGGCAGCUUCACAUCCGCCAAGUGAUUCACCCUGAGGCCGCAAGCAAGAACAUCCUGGUCCCGGACUGUUUCUAUUCUUUCUUUGACCUUCGGAAAGAGUUCAAGAAGCACUUCCCCACGUCUGACCUCAAGGCUUUGAAUGUACACAUCAUGGCAGAGUCUCUUAGUAUACCUGUUGAUGUUCCCUCCAUGUGGGAUCCUUCAGCCACACUGGAUCCGUCAGUCACAUUGCCUGCAGAAACAGCAGUGCAGCAGGUUGAGAUCAUGGCCAGCAUUGUCCUUGCCCUACUUUCUGAGCCAUUUUGCCAUACGUUUUCUAACCAGGAGAGAGUUAGUGAGAAGUUUGAGACCGGCACUUGUAGUAAGAUGGAGAAAGUGUGCGACAACACGGUGAUCAGAGCCAGAGGGUUGCCAUGGCAGUCGUCUGAUCAGGACAUUGCUCGGUUCUUCAGAGGACUCAACAUUGCCAAAGGAGGGGCUGCAUUGUGCCUUAAUGCUCAGGGGAGGAGGAACGGAGAAGCUCUUGUUCGUUUUGUCAGUGAAGAACACCGAGACCUGGCACUGCAGAGACACAAACACCAUAUGGGCAACAGAUACAUAGAGGUUUACAAAGCAACAGGAGAGGACUUCCUGAAGAUAGCUGGAGGUACCUCCAAUGAGGUAGCAAUAUUCCUGUCCCGUGAGGAUCAGAUCAUAGUGAGGAUGCGAGGUCUUCCUUUCACCGCCACACACGAGCAGGUGCUCACCUUCUUCUCCCCGGGGGAGGGCCUCAAAGAGACGUGUCCGGUCAGCGGCGGGAAGGAUGGCAUCCUAUUUGUCCGCUAUCCAGAUGGCCGUCCCACUGGCGAUGCCUUUGUUUUAUUUGCCUGUGAGGAACACGCCCAGUGUGCUCUGAGAAAACACAAGGAAAUCCUGGGGAGAAGAUAUAUUGAGCUGUUCAAAAGCACAGCAGCAGAGGUCCAACAGGUGUUGAACCGGUACUCAUCGGCCCCUCUGAUCCCCGUGGCCCCUGCUCCCUUGGUGUCAAUGCUGCCCGCAGUGUCUCUCCUGCCCCCUCCUGGUAGUAUGAGGGACUGCCUGAGGCUGAGGGGGCUGCCAUACACAGCGAACAUAGAAGACAUCCUCACCUUCCUGGGCGAGUUUACACACGAUAUCAGACCACAUGGCGUGCACAUGGUCCUCAACCAGCAGGGUCGUCCAUCAGGUGACUGCUUCAUCCAGAUGACCUCAGCAGAGCGGGCACUUCAGGCCUCACAGCGGCUCCACAAGCAUGUGAUGCCCAGCCAGCGUGGGCCCAACAACCGCUAUGUGGAGGUGUUUCCCUGCAGUGCUGAGGAGAUGGGCCUGGUGCUGAUGGGAGGCUCACUCUCACACACACAUACACACACACACAACCGGACCAGGAGUGGGACAGGGCUCAGCCCGCCGCCAUGUAAGUCCAGACGUUUAUCUCCACCAUCCUACUCCUUCACCCCUGCUCCACCUGUCCUGCCCACAGAAGCUGCUGCUGCCCUCUACCCUCCCAUGGGUCAGGUGUUGCUGGCCCCGCGCCCACUGCCACCAGGACAUGCCUACUACCCUGCUUCAGCUCAGCUAUACAUGAACUACGCAGCAUACUACCCCAGUCCACCUGGCUCACCUACCACUUUAGGUUACUUCCCCUCCCCCUCCUCCCUCCUCCUCCCCAGGGGGUUGGUGCGCAUGCCAGGUCUGACCUACAACAGCAACGGAGUCAAAGAACUCAUUAAUGCAAUGCAGGGAUACCCGUAUGCCCCCGAGGAUGCUCUCAUGCACGCCCACGGGCAUGUGCAUGCUCACGACCCGGCUGGGACAUUGCUUACACAGCCCAAAGAAUGGGUGUGUAUUUCAGGUGUCUGAGGCAGGUGGCAGAGUCCCGCGGAGUCCGUUUCUCUCCUGAGCAGCAGUCUGAUUGGUCAGUCCAGCAGAGGUGAUGCUCCUCUCAUGUCCCUCCCCGCUCUCAUGACCAAGCCGGGGGGGCAGUACCUGGACCUGACCCUGCUGUAAGGUCACAAAUAUGCAAAGGUCAUGUGACAACUUGGUGUCAAAGACUUGUAAUGUAUUUUUAGGUUUUUAAAAUAGUCUUUUAGAUGUGUUAUUUAUAUCUAUAAGAACAGAAAUUAAUGUAUUUUAUACCAAAAUCAUUGUGGCCCUAGCCAAAAAUAGCAGUUUUGUCUUAUAUUGCACAGUGUAUUUUAAAAGCUUUAUAGAGAUUUUUUUAACAUGUUAUGAUAUUAUAAUCACUAUAUGACCCAGUAGAAACCAAGAUAAAUCUUUUCCUUAAGCUUCUCUGUGAAGAGUGAAAGUGUGUGUGUGAGUGCGUUGUAGUGUGAAAGACAUGAAAAUGAGUAUUAUGCAUGUCUGUGUUGAUACGUCGUGAUAGUUAAUCUGUUCAUGCAAUACGUUUUAUGUGUUUAUAUACAUUUGAUACAGUACAUAGUGAUUGUAUUGGAAGCUUUAGUGCAUGAAGAAGUUAGUAGUAAAACUUUAAGAUGUUUACAUAAUGCCAAAUAUCAAUGCACUGCUAAUCAAUAAGACUACUAAUGAAUAUAAUAGCAGUAUCUUUAAAUGAUAGCAUAUAUGUUACACUGUGAGUUUGUCAAAUAGUCUGGUCCUUGCAUCAGGCCUUACUUACAAAAAAUGUGACAUCUCACGCUAAAGCCCCUGUUUCCAUAGUGUGUAAUGCCAGUGGUGUCUUGCCUUUUGUUUUGGACUCACAUCUGAACAGAGGACAGUCCUAGUUCUCUGUAACCUAACCACAGGGUUACAUUCUUCAAAAGGACUCAAGUCACAUGUUCUCAGCUUACUGAGUGAAUCUCAGGAGCCAGAGGUGGUUUCUGACCGAUUUUAAUACAUAUUCAACUCCGCUAAGACAGCAAAGAUUUAUCAGUCCAUCACACUUUCCUUGUCUUCUCACCACCAUCUAUGUUGGGGGAAUGCAGUGGAGCUAACAGGUCUCCCUCCCUUCUCUUUUAACUAUAUCAUUUGCAGAUUAGAUGGAAGGUUGAGGAGGAAAGGAAAUAAUGAAGGACACCUCCAACAUGUAUCUUGUGAAUUUAAUUGUCGUUUGUGCCCUGCAAAGUUGCUCUUUGGGCUCCAUUUUGCUGUACGCACAUCUACAGUAGGACUUCCCUCUCAGGACGUCCCGCUGUGGUAAUGCUGGAAAAAAAUAAAAUAAACAUAACCUGUGAAGUC